AUGGCUACCGUGACAUUUUCUCAAGAGCAGCUAAACUUUUUUAAGUUCUCAUCUGUGGUGAUUGACGAAUUUCCAAUCGCUCUCCGCCACGCUUUUGUUCACAUGUGGGACAAUCAAGUCGCUCCUACACCAGGCUUUUAUAAAUGGGACGACUCACCUCUAGUUCGCAACAUGUUUCUCAGUAAAGAGGGUGGAAAGACAAAAUAUAUUCCAACCGGUAAAUCAUAUCAUGAGUGGGACUGCACAGCGCUGUUUGAAGCCACUCUCUAUGCUCAGAGCUUUGCCGUGCCGGACGGAAGUGGCUGGUGUUCUACUUUAGACAAAGUGUACGUGAAGCCUCGUCGUUUACCAAGUGGAACAUUUCACCCUGUCAUUUCAAGCCCUUGUGGAAACCAGGCCGAGACGUUUGCGUUAGCAUUGGAUCAGCUUCGUCUGCUACGCAACACACUCUGCCACCAGACAAGUACCCAAAAGAUUGACAAGACAACUUUUGAUCAUUAUAUACAGCUGGGAAAAGAUGCAUUUGCUGCACUGGGACAGGACACAACGAGGAUUGAUGAGAUCGGAAAGCUUGAAGAAGAAGAAGACUUUCCUACUGCCAGGCUUCAAAAGCUGAAAGAAGAGUUGAAGAGAGAAAAGGACGUGGACAUCAAGUUUAAGCAAAUGAGUGAUCACUUCCAAUCUCAAAUCAAAAUUGUGGGAUCAGAUAUGAAAACUCAUGUGCAGAUGAAAGUGGAAGAAGUCAGGUCAGACGUAAAAACAGCAGUAACAUAUAUGCAGAAGAAAGUGGAAGAGUUCGAGAAAAAAUUGCAAAAUGUCGAAUCAGACGUGACAAUUGCAACAUCAGAGCUGUCAAAAAUGAAGGUAAACGGCAACGACGUAAAACAAGAAGCGCUGUCCGGAUUGACAAAAGGUAAGUCAAGUAAUCACUUACCCGUCUCUCACCGGCCCCAGCCCCUCCCCUCCCCCACCCGGCGGUUUUCGCGCAACGUUUCUAUACGUGCUUUCCCUACUAUCAUGGAGACUGGAACAGGCUAAGUAAUCAAUGUUUGUUUUCACGCAAAAGGCCCAUCUUUCUUGGGUAGGAAACUGUCCCGCUCGUUUUGUAUACGAUGACUUGUCAAAGGGUAUUCCUUUCAAGUGAAAAAAGAACAGUAGUACUAAAAGGGACACAGUCAGCUGAUGCACAUGCACAUUAGAUACCAUUUCUUGGCUGAUUUGCAUAUCUCAAGAUACGCGAUCCAUACUUUAAAAUACUCAGGAACAGAAUUUCAGUUAAGGUUCGAAGAUCGAAUGAAACACUGGGCAAGACUAAAGGAGAUCUCUAGAUGUAUUCAACGCGUACUUUGAUUUUCAAAGUGGCCAAACUAGUGUCCAGGUCAAUGCGGUCCCAAAGCUGAGUGUGUCUCUUUAAAAAGCAUGACGAAACAAAGAUCAAACAAUAGCACAAAAUACCUUCUCUAGUUUGGCUGAUUCAGUGUUGACGCUCUGCACAUCGCUAACAUACCAGAACUGAGGAGAAAGUGCCACCUUUGUGACGAAAUCUGCAGACGGUCAGUAUACUUUCUAGACUUCUCAGAUAAGGACGAUAAAGCGUAGACCCCAUCUCACGACCAUUGCUCAUAAUAACGUCCUAAUUCUAUGGGACGUUAAAAACGCACAUGCACACCCCACGUCGCUGGGUUCAUCUUUAACUAACACUCACAUUAGAGGGUAUUCAUAACUCCUUACUUCGGUAUCAAGUAAAGUCCCCCAACCAGUUUUAAAUUAUUUCUGAAAGGCUAACUGGAAAAUCAGUUGGAGUGGAUGGCACUGCACUGGAAUGGAACAGAUUUAUUUGAGUUUUUAUUUGACUUGAAUUAAAUCGGUCAAAUAUUUAAUGUACAUUUUUAAGGCUUUACCCGAAUAGUGGUAUGUAGUCAUUCAGGUCACUUUUUCCACGCGAUCCUGGUUCCGAGUUUGCCCGAACGAGUUUGCUGGGACCGAGUUUGUUCGGGACAUGAUCGGGAAAUGAGCGGAAAACGGUGGGGGAAAUAGUUGGUAAAUGUUCUGGCAGUGGUCGGAAAUGAUCAGAAAUGGUCGGCAAUGGUCGGUUGCUAAGGGAGUGUAAAAACUGUCUAAAAUUCAUUAUUUCAAGUAGAUGAGACGAUAAUUAAUGAGCCCCUAGACCUCUUGAAGCCACCUUAAGGUGACGUUACACGAGACGAUUUGUAACGAUAAUAUUUAGUGCAAUACAGCGUUGUAAAUAAUGUUGGAACAAUGUUGCAGCUAUUUGAAACAAUGUCGCAACAACGUUGUUAUGCUGUGUUGCGCUAAAAAUCGUCGCUGCGAAUCGUCCAAUGUAAGUUGAAUGGUACGCAUGCGGACAUGUAGAGUUAAAUAGAUACGCACUUCCUUUGUCUAAACGAGAGUCAAGUCGUCUCCCCUCAUGCAAACAUUUUGUUUUAAGAAUAUAAAAGCCCAAGAAGCUGGGUCAUUUAUCGUCAAAUCAAUCUCUCUUUACAAGACUAAAAAAUCUAAGCACUAUUUGCAAAUCGAGUACAAGAGAACUAAUUACAAAAUCUGAGUACUGGGUACAAAAUUAAGGGGGAAAACUAACAACAGGUCCUAUUGUGUACCGUACGCAAAAUACUUUCUAAAGCCCAAAAGUUUUCCUGUUCAUCCCUACGCGAUGCAAGGAUGCGAAGCGACAUAUCCCUCUUUACAAUAUUAAUAGAACGAUACGUAACUAUUACGUACCCUGUAUUUAGUUUAGGUAAAAGAGAGUUGAUUAGAUGUGGGAGUUCAAUUUCUGUCCACUCAUGCCACCAUUUACAAGAGCAUGCAUGCGCACCAGAAUGGAAAGAUACGCACCUUCAUUUUAAUAUGUGAAUUUAGCCUAGGCUAAAAGCAAAGCGUCCGUUUAUAUACUUUUCAUUACUUUUUAAAAAGAGGUGCGAAUUUUGCAGUCUUUCGUUUACUUAUUCCUUUCAGUGUAUUCAUCGCCCACAGAGAAUCUACUUUUAUGGAUCGAUUUGUUUCGUUUAACUCUGUCCGAAAAGUUGCACAAAUAUACAGUUCGUGCAUGUUAGAGAAGUUUAGCGCCAAGCGCGUGCAAUUUUCGCUCGACCAAAGCAAUAAAUAAAUAAAUAAUAAUAAUUUAAUAUUUAUCUUGCGCAAAAUACAUGUAAAUAUGAUCAAAUGCGCAUUACAUGAAAGUAAAUUAUCAACAUUAAUAAGUUAUCCAAAAUAACUAAAAAUAUUAUAUAAAAAAACAAUGGAUCUAUAAAAAUAUAAUAUAUACAUAAUCCUAAAAAAAAAAACCCUAGUAAAAAGCUAAUCUAAAAAAAUGGGUCCUAAGUAAACCUUUAAACCUAUUAAAAUUGGGCUCAUUUCGUAUUUGUGAUGGUAACCCAUUCCACAGUUUAGGUGCCGCAGCUAAAAGAGCACGGUCACCCAAUGUCUUUUUAGUUAAUUUUAGUUAAAGUUCUUGGCGUUUGAAGCAUGAUUCCCAUUGCACACGAUCUUAAAUUGUAUCUCUCUUCCUCCCUUUUGCUAAUGAGUUCUUGUAGGUAUACCGGAGCUUGCCCAUGGAUCGCUUUAAAAGUAAUUAUAAUAAUCUUAAAAUGAAUCCUAAAUUCUACUGGAAGCCAAUGAAGCGUACACAGAAUUGGUGAGCUGUGAUAAAACCUUGGAAUCUUAAAAAUAAGUCUUGCUGCGGAAUUCUGGAGCCGUUGUAACUUUGCUAUUUGUUUAGCUGGUAACCCAUACAGAAUACUAUUACAAUAGUCAAUGCGCCAAAUUAUUAGGACAUGAACAAGUGUCUGGGUUGCUUGGUUACUUAAAUACUUUCUUAUUCGUCUUACAUUGGUAAUGUAGUAAUAGGCUGCUUUACACGUGUUAUUGAUAUUAACUUGAAGACUCAUGUUACUAUCUAUCCAUGUCCCUAAGUUCUUGACCGAUUGAACAGGUGACACUUGAGCAUCCCCUACUGCAAGCGAGUCAACAUGAACCUUGGACAGUUGCUGACGGGUGCCUAUUAUUACAAACUCUGUUUUGCCAUCAUUGAUCUUCAGUUUGUCACACGGCAUCCAAGCUCUUAUCUCCUUUACACACCGUUCCAUAGCAGCAAUGGCAUCAUCGGUACUUGAGGCACAGCCAGGUUUAAAUGCUAAAUAUAACUGCGUAUCGUCUGCAUAAGCAUGAACGCUAGGCAGGUGUCUCUUGACAACUUCAAACAGUUUACUGGCAUACAGAGUAAAUAGUAACGGCCCUAAACAUGACCCUUGAGGAACUCCUUGAUUUAACUGUAGAGAUUCCGAACACUUGCCACUUAGUGAGACACGCCGAUAACGUUCCGAUAGGUAUGACACAAACCACUCCAGUGCUGUACCUCGGAUCCCAAAACUUGUGCUCAGACGAGAUAGUAACACAGAAUGUUCCACCGUAUCGAAGGCAGCACUCAGAUCCAACAACACAAGCAGAACAACUUCCUGACGAUUCAUUGCUAUUAAUAUAUCAUUAUAUAUCUUGAGUAAGGCUGUUUCUGUGCUGUGACCUCGUCUAUACGCAGAUUGCAACAAGGGGUAGAGGUCAUGUUCAGAAAGGUGUGCAUGUACCUGGUCAAAUACUGCACGCUCUACCAAUUUCGACAUAUACUGCAGGUUACAAACUGGACGAAGAUUAGUAAAGUCAUUAAUUCCAGCUUUUUUGUAGCGAGGAUCAAUAAGGACUUCCUUCCAUACCUUCGGAAAGUGUCCCCCAAGUAGCGAUGAAUUGAUCAUCUUAGUAAUAACAGGUAACAGAUGAUCAAGUGAUUCUACCACAAGUUUAGUCGGCAUGGGGUCUAGAUUACACGUUUUCUUUGAUGACUUCUGAAUAAGUGCCAAAAUGUCAGCUUCAGAGAGGGGCUUGAACUCCGACAGUAUCUUUGCAUCACUGACUAUAGAGUCAGCUGGUACAUUAUCCAUAUCAGCAAUAACGGUGGAGUCUAUUUGAUAACGUAUCCGCAUAAAUUAUAUCAGUGUCGGUGCCUUAAAGGGACAGUGUCCCGAUUAUGCGCACUUGCAAGCGCCAUCUGUUUUUUCUUCAAAAGACAAUAGAACUGUCAUAUUGACUCGACAAGAUUUCCUUCCGGACCGCACCGCCGACGGAGAAUUGUUGUUUACAUUCUCAAGUAACAUUUUAGACUUUCGAAGAAGUCUUUCGUAUUUAAAUUUGGCUCGCGGCACGAAGACUCAUCGUGAUUUUAUCGCUAGCAGGGCCGCCUCGCCACCCGAAAACCUCGUUCCGCUCACUUUAAGGACAGCUUUUCUAAUGUGAAACUCCCGUCAGAGGUCAAUUGUUCCAAGCCCAGUAAUAUUUGCCUGAUUUGCUCGCGUUCUAGCCUCAAACGUUUGAAAGAUAUAAAUAAAAAUGCAAUCUCAACGCUAUGAAUCAUCGCAAAGGUUAGGCGACUUUGUAGAAAAACGUCUUUGGGUAUGAGUACUAUCCAAUCUUCCUCCCACAAGUUCGCGACUUUGUAGAACAAAGUCUUUUGUGCGUGAUUGAACAAGAUUUUGAAAUGCGCAUGCGUUCUAUCCAAUCUUGAAAACAAACUUAAGUUAAAAACUCUUGAGAAGAAAUUUUUUAAGCCUUUGUUAAAAGAUGCGUACGAGGAAGAUUUAAUUAUCUUAGCAUUCAGAAAGUUGUAAAACUUUGGACCUUGAAAGUAAACGGAAAACUGUCUUGUAUUGGUUCUGCAUAGCGGUAAACGAAAAGAUUGAGCACUCCUAGUAUUAUAAUUAUGUAUUUGGUUGUUCCUUUAAAAAAGUUAUUGAAGUUUGAAGGGAGUGUAGAAUUAUUAAAUGAAUUCUUAAAAAUGCCAAAUUGAAACAAGUAGAUAUACUGACAUUGCUCCUUGAAGAUCGGGUCAGUAUGGGCAUCGUACCUAGAUUUGCUUACUAUUCUUUGUGCGCGCUUGUGUAAAAUAAUUCCACUCUCACAUGCCAGCAACUCUCUUUUACCUAAGCUACAGGGCUCUUAUAUAUCUUUCUAUAGUAAUGUACAUGCGUAUCCUUAAAAAUAUUCACAUGAGGGAACAAAACUUCCACUCCCACAUGUAUGCGACUUGACUUUCGGUUACUAAUAAAGUGCAAAUCCCCUAAAGUGCGCUAUUUAUGGCGUCAGAUCGGGGACAAAAUCGAUACUCAGAUUUCCUGGCCUUGGAAACACUUCUUCGCUUCGAAAAUUAUUCUUCGAGUCAUUGUCAGUUGUCUUCGUGGCGUCGGUUCCAUGUCUGCGAGUCGUCACAUCCCUUGUUUCAUCGUACUGUUUUCUUCGGGGCACCGCUGGCUUCUCUUCGUGGCGUCGCUAUGGGCUUAUGUCGUCGUUGCGUCAUUUUUAUGUCUUCGUGUCGUCGGGUCUUCCUUUCGUCGACUGCGCUACAUGGUAGGUACUUGAUGUAUGGGGACAUACAUUGUAUCGACUUUACCUGCAUAAGUUAUACCUUCCCUUUUUUGCUUGGUACCCCUUGUUACUCUGUUACCCUGUUACCUUGUUACCUUGUUACCUUGUUACUCUGUUAUCUUGUUACCUUGUUACCUCGUUACUCUGUCACCUUAUUGCUCUGUCCCCUUGUUACUCUGUCCCUUUGUUACCCUGUUACCCUCUUCCCUUGUUCCCUUGUUACUCUGUUGUCAUUUUUUUAAUUUUAGUUUAUUUUUGCAUGACAAAUCACAAUUUUUUUUUCCCGUAUAGACGCGUUCUUUUUUCGCGAGUAAGGUCGUGGUUGAAUGGUUUGCAUUACAAAUCGGUCUUCGUUCAGAGUAAUUAUUAGCAAUCAGCUUUCGUCGGUAAAUUUUUCCUGUUAUGGGUUCUUGUUGACGGAAAUCAAACAAAAUUUUCCUUUUUUGAAAACAGCGCUUGACCAUGACGAAGGCUCUCUGUCUCAAACCUAUGGCAGCUUAAGCCUGUUGUAGUUUCUUUUGGCUUUCAUACUUUUAUCAUGAUUUGCCAAAAAAUCGUAAAUGACAAUCAGAGGUUUACGAAAACGGAAUAUUUUCCGAUAUCUCUCUCUCCGUCACAAUUUUCAAAUCUACGCGAAAUUUCUAGGCAAUAUUUUUACGAUCAGAUAUUUUGCACAAAACACUGAGUCUAAAGGCGUCCUUGUAAAAUGACUUAACAACACGGCAGGGUCCUACAACAGGUGUGACGUUUAGGUGCUUUCAGUCAAUACCACACAAGGCUGAAGUUUAAUUGCAUUCUUUUUUUAAUCACACCUUAUCUGUUAUCGAGACAAUCGUUGAAAAUCGCAGAACACGAGGAAAUUGAGUUACUAGUAUACUCAGUUCAGUUUUCCAUUGAAUACUAGAUCACUACAAGCCGGUUUCCUCCAUCUACCACUUAAGUGUUCAAAAUUUUUUUGUCACCUCGAGAGGUCAGUUGUACAAGCCUUACGUCAGACUUAACUGCCAACGCUCGGCUUUACCUGACCUCGAGGACUCAACAAGUAGACAAGAUGACAUGACAAAUCGGCAAAACGACAGAACAGGUAGACAAGACGACAUAGAAAAUAUGCAUCGAGUUAUUUUUGACCCCGACUACCGCUCCACAGCACCAGGGUUACCCUCCCUCCUUGUAAACAGGGCCAAGAGUGAAAACGGUGCUUUCAUAUUACUCAUAUUAGUAUAACUGCAGUUUCUAAAAUAUCGAAUUUUCAGCACCUUUUCGGCUGGGAAUGAAUUAUAGUUCAAUGAAUUAUCUGAAUAUCAAUGCCUAACUCGAUCUGGCUUGUAAAAAUAAAUGUAUACAUUAUAAAUGAAAAUGAUUCUUUAAAAUUGCAACAUCAUUUAGCUAGAGUAUAUCUGUAUAUCAUCCCAAGGAAACAAGGAAACAGAGUAACAAGGUAACAAGGGAACAGAGUAACAAGGUAGCGUGGUAACAGAGUAACAGGGUAACAGGGUAACAGGGUAACAAGGUAACAGAGUAACAGGGUAACAAGGUAACAGAGUAACAGCGUCACAAGGUAACAAGGUUACAGAGUGACAAGGUAACAUAGUUACAAGGUAACGGAGUAACAAGGUACAGGGUAACAAGGUAAAAGAGUAACAAUGUUACAAGGUAACAGAGUAACAAGGUAACAAGGUAACAGGGUAACAGAGUAACAAGAUAACAAGGUAACAAAAUGACAGAGUAACAAGGUAACAAGGUAACAAGAUAACAGGGUAACAGAGUAACAAGGUACCAAGCAAAAAAGGGAAGGUAUAACUUAUGCAAGUAAAGUCGGUACAAUAUGUGUUCCCAUACAUCAAGUAUUUGCCCAAGUAUGUAGCGCAGUCGACGAAAGGAAGACCCGACGACACGAAGACAUAAAAAUGACGCAACGACGACAUAAGCCCAUAGCGACGCCACGAAGAAAAGCCAGCGGUGCCCCGAAGAAAACAGUACGACGAAACGAGGGAUGCGACGACUCGAAGACAUGGAACGGACGCCACGAAGACAACAGACAAUGACUCGAAGAACAAUUUUCGAAGCGAAGAAGUGUUUCCAAGGCAACGAAAUCUGAGUAUCGAUUUUGUCCCCAUUCUGAAGCUAUAGGAUAUUUAUGGGACUUGACUUUCAUCUAUCAAACGGGUAUACUUCGUAUCGUAUAUCGUAAAGUAUCCCACCAGGGACUUAAAGUUUUUUCAGUACACAAACCUCAAGGAUCCCAGGCUCCUACACAGCAGUCCACAUGGUUGCAAAAUAUAGGGUCUUGUAUCCGACUUUGCAAUCGCUGGUUAAAAGAGUUUAUAUACUUUGUGAAGUGUUGUUUGAGCGUCGUCUUUUGACUGCCUUGUAGAAUUAUAAACUCAUUUAAGCCAGUGAGUAAUUAUUAAAUCAGGAAUCUAUCAGUCAAGUUUUUUUCUUGUGCAAAUUACGGCUUUUUUCCAAACCUUGGUGGGACUGAAAAAUUUCAAAAAGAAAGUAAAGACGAAGGGAAUUCUGUCAGUUGUGGUCAAAUGAAAAUAUGGUAGUCAAAAUGGCCUAAAGAUUUGCAAUAAAUACCUCUGUAGCUAAAUAUAUGUUCCACUCUCCCAAGAAGAUCACGUGGUGUUGCUAUAGAGACUUUUUGUUUCAUUUUCGUCUUUCUUAUGUGCAUUUUAAAGAGUAGCUUAAUAAAAGACGGGGGCAAAUUCCCGUGAGGACAUCAUCAGCCACAGUGGCAAAACAAAUAUGCAAGCUAAAAUGGUAUAUUAUUAAAUGAAAGACAAUCUUUCUUAAUUACACUUAUAAAUGACUGUUCUUAUCCUGUAAUGUUUUUGUCCUUCAUUAUCUCUUUAAGAUGUAAUUAUGUCCCAAUCAUCCAUACCCGAUGAAAUACCUAACUUUGUUGGCCGCGAGGAAGAAUGUAAAGGAAUAGAACAUCAUUUGACAGAUUCAGUUACUCGACUGGUUAAUGUCUGGGGUCCACCUGGAUUUGGAAAAACAUCAGUGGCCAUCAGGGUGGCGCAUCACCUACGACAGAAGAAUAUUCCAGUUUACUUUGCUUCCCUUCGUGGAAUGGAAAGUAAGGACGAUUUAGUGUCAAAGCUCCUGAGUAUGUUCGUAGACGCUAAACGGGUAGGCCAUAUUUCAUCGUCUCACUUAAUUAUUCAAUGUUUACAACAAGUUCAAAACCCUUUUGUCUUAAUAUUAGACAAUGCAGAUGACUUACUUGAAUCUGGGGAGACCAAACGAAAAGAACACGUGCUUUGCUUUAUUGAGGAGAUCCUCAAUCAUUGCAAACAAAUAAAGCUUCUGCUAACUACUCGCGAAAGUCUGGAUUACUUAAGCCACAAGCUUUCCAUCUACCUUGAGAAAAUUAAUGUAUUGGAUGGAAUUUCGUCUGCAACUCUAGUAAGGCAACUGCUACCAGAUGGAUCUGAAUGUGACUGCAGUUGCAUUGUUAAGGAAUGUGAGAAAGUUCCUAUGUCCAUGCGGCUAAUGUGCAGCAUCAUUAAACAAGCAAAUAUCUCCGUAAAUGCGCUUUUACAAGAACUAAACGUUUCAACUCUGGUUGAGGUUUUGGACAGUGAAUACUUUCCUGAUGAUGCUCGACUGAAAUCUGUGAUAAACACAUCAUUUAAAAGGCUCAUGGUUCGCGAAAGAAACGCAUUUGUUUCGCUUUCUGUUUUUCCUGAAUGGUUUGGAAUAGAGGAAGCUCAAGCCAUAUUGAAUGUAGAAACAGAAAUUAAGACCAGACAAAUAAUUCUAUCAUUGGAGCGAAAGUCCCUAAUAGACUGUGGAGAAAAUUUCAGCCAUUUUACCGUACAUUCACUAUUACGAUCCUUUAUCGAGGAAGAAGUAAAAAAUGACCAAGCAGUUGAAGCUGUAUAUCUGAAUGCACAGCUUCAGUUUUACGACUAUUACAUUUCUAGCUGUAAAGUUGCCAAUGAAGACUUUCUGAAAGGACGAUUUGGCGACGCAUUCAGAAGUUUCCUUCAUCGGCGGGGCUGCAUCAUUUCAUCGCUUUCAAAUGGUCCUAGAAAAGACAGGAUCUACUCCAGGGCUAUAGAGCUGUUGUCUGAAGCAAAGUCAUUUCUUCGAGUUGCACUGCAUGGUGAUCAGUUAUUUGAGAACCUUUAUGACACGGCGAUUGUAGAGGCAAAGAGAAGGGGAAACUUGGGCGACGAACAAAUGUUGCACUCUGCCAAAGAAUCUGCACCCUCUUCACAACUCCGCAAAGACACAGUGAAAAGCUUUUUCUGGUUUAGUAGAGUGCAGCGUGAAGCGGGAGACGUGAAAGGAGCAAUAAAGUCUGUAAAGGUAGGCAAAGAACUUUUGGAAAAUUCCGAGCAAGGCGUUGAUGUUAUGCGGGAUGAAAAUGCGAAUCUGCUUGAAAAUUACAUCUACACUGCACCUACCUAUUACAACCAAGAAAUGUGGGGCUCUAUGACAAUGAACCACCAAGGAGCUUUAAAUUCGUUACAAAGAGCAGCUGGUAUGAGAUCACAUCUACCUCGUGAUUACGCUGACACAAUACGCAAUUACCACGAACUUGGUACAGGGCGGCGUGACACGAAAGACCAACAAGGAGCUUUGGAGACUUUGCAAAGAGCAGCAACCUUGAGAUCAAAUCUGCUUGGUGAUGACGAAGAGACGGCACGCAUUUACCACGAGCUUAGUAGAGUACAGCGUCAAGUGGAAGACCUGAAAGCAGCGUUAGAGUCUGUACAGGUGGGCUUACGACUGCGAGAGGAACUUUUAGGAGAUCAUCCCGAUACAGCCGACAGCUUUCAUGAGAAAGGCGUCAUUUCAUAUCUUAUGGGUGACAGUAAGUCAGCAGUUGAGGCAUUCCAGAAGGCGGCAGACAUGAAUUUUAAUUUGCGAGGAGAUCACAUAAGCACAGCGCAUAGCUACUACAACCUUGGUAUAGCGCAGUUUAAGAUUCAGGACCGUAAAGGAGCAUUACAGUCUCUGCAAAGUGCAGCAGACGUGAGAUCACACCUGCUUGGUGAUCACGAGGAUACGGCACUCAGCUACAUUGUGCUUGGCAAAGUGCAACGGGAAGUGGGGGAUUUGAAAGGAGCAAUGGAGUCUGUACAGAUGUGCUUACGAAUGAGCAAGAACCUUUUAGAAGAUCAUCCCAAUACAGCGUUCGGCUUUAAUGAGCAAGGCGUUAUCUAUCAUGUUAUGGGGGAGUGUAAAUCAGCCGCUGAAGCAUUCCAGAGGGCAGUAGAUCUAAAUACAAAUUUGCUUGGGGAACACAUUAACACGGCACAUAGCUACCACAACCUUGGUAUGGCGCAGUCUAAGAUGAAGGAUCAUCAAAAAGCCUUUACGUCUCUACAACGAGCAGCACAUAUGAGAUCAAAUCUGCUUGGCGAUCAAGAAGACACGGCACGCAGCUACUUCGAGCUUGGCGUUGUGCAGCGUAACUUAGGAGACCUGCAGGGAGCUCUGGAGUCUGUACAGGUGGCCUUACGAUUGAGGAAGGAAAUUUUGGGAGAUCAUAUGGAUACAGCCGACACUUUUUAUGAACAAGGCGUUAUCCAUUCUGCAAUAGGUGAUAAUAACUCAGCUGUCAGGGCAUUCCAGAAAGCAGUAGAUAUUAAUUUCAAUUUGCAGAUAGAUCACAUAAGCACGGAACAUAGCUACCACGGCCUACGUUCUACUCAGAACAGGAAAGAUGGCCAAGAAAGAACUUUACACUCUUUACAAAGGGCAGCACAGAUGAUAUGCGAUCUGCUUGGUGAUCACGAAGACACAGCACGUAGCUACCACAGGCUCGGUUUAGUGCAACGUUGCGUGGGAAACCUCAAAGGAGCAUUAGACUCUUUGCAAAGAGCAGCUCAAAUAAGAUCAAAUUUGCUGCGUGAUCACGGAGACGUCGCAUGUAGUUACCACUGGCUUGGUCUAGUGCAGGGUGACAUGGAGAACCUCGAAGGAGCAUUGUGCUCUCUACAAAGAGCAGCACACAUGAGAUCAAAUCUGCUUGGUGAUCACGAAGACACAGCACGCAGCUACUUUGAGCUUUGCAGAGUGCAGUGUAAAGCGGGAGACCUGAAAGGAGCCUUGGAGUCUGUAAAGCUGAGCUUACGAAUGAGGAAGAAUCUUUUAGGAGAUCAUAUUGAUACGGCUGACACCUUUCGUGAGAAAGGCGUUAUCCAUCUUACUAUCGGAGAUAAUCAGUCAGCUGAAGAUGCAUUCCAGAAAGCGGCAGAUAUGAAUUUAAAUUUGGGUGGAGAUCCCUUACGCACGGCACAGUGCUACCAUAACCUUGGUAUUGCGCAGAAUAAGAUGGAAAACCGCGAAGGAGCUCUGGCCUCUUUACAAGUAGCAGCAAAUACGACAUCAAAUUUGCUCGGGGAUCACGAAGACACAGCUCGUAGCUACCACAUGCUUGGUAUAGUGCAGCGUGACAUGGGAAACCUGAAAGGAGCAUUAGAAUCUUUACAGAGAGCAGCACUCAUGAGAUCAGAUCUUCUUGGUCAUCACGAAGACACAGCACGUAGCUACUUCGAGCUUGGUGAAGUACAAUGUAAGGCGGAAGAUCUGAAAGGAGCUUUAGAGUCUGUACAGCUGAGCUUACGAUUAAGAAAGGAACUUUUAGGAGGUCAUACUGAUACAGCCGACAGCUUUCAUAAGCUAGGCGUUAUCCAUCUUGCUAUGGGAGAUAAUACGUCAGCUGUUGAGGCACUCCAGAAAGCAGCAGAUAUGAAUUUAAAUUUGGGUGGAGAUCCCUUACGCACGGCACAGUGCUAUCAUAACCUUGGUAUUGCGCAGAAUAAGAUGGAAAAUCGCGAAGGAGCUCUGGCCUCUUUACAAGUAGCAGCAAACACGACAUCAAAUUUGCUCGGGGAUCACGAAGACACAGCUCGUAGCUACCACAUGCUUGGUAUAGUGCAGCGUGACAUGGGAAACCUGAAAGGAGCAUUAGAAUCUUUACAGAGAGCAGCACUCAUGAGAUCAGAUCUUCUUGGUGAUCACGAAGACACAGCACGUAGCUACUUCGAGCUUGGUGAAGUACAAUGUAAGGCGGAAGAUCUGAAAGGAGCUUUAGAGUCUGUACAGCUGAGCUUACGAUUUAGAAAGGAACUUUUAGGAGGUCAUACUGAUACAGCCGACAGCUUUCAUAAGCUAGGCGUUAUCCAUCUUGCUAUGGGAGAUAAUAAGUCAGCUGUUGAGGUACUCCAGAAAGCAGUAGAUUUGAAUUUAGAUUUUCUCGGAGAACACACAAACACGGCUCAGAGCUACCACGACCUUGGAGUUGCGCAGAAUGAGAUUAGGGACCGCAAAAGAGCUUUAGACUCUUUACAAAAAGCAACACAUAUGAGAUCAAACCUGCUCGGUGAUCACGAAGACACUGCACGCAGCUACCACGUGCUUGGUGUAGUGCAGCGUGACGUAGGAGACCUUAAAGGAGCAUUAGAAUCUUUACAAAGAGCAACACAGAUGAAAUCAAAUCUGCUUGGUGAUGACGGAGACACUACACGCAGCUACCACAUGCUUGGUUUAGUGCAGUAUGGCAUGGGAGACCUGAAGGGAGCCUUGGAUUCUUUACAAAGAGCAGCGGCCAUGAAAUCAAAUAUGCUUGGUGACAAUGAAGACAUGACGUCUAGCAAACGCAUAAGUAUAGUGCAGCGGGACAUGGAAGAUCUUAAGGAAGCUUUGGAGUCGUUGGAAAAAUCAACGGAAACGGCUUUUGACUUGCUUGGUUACAACGAGUACAUGGCAGCUGCCUACCUCUCUUUUGGCGUAAAGCGGCGUGAAAUGGGAGAUCUCAAAGGGACUUUGAAGUCUUUGAAAAUAGCACAGAACAUGUCAUUAAAUUUGCUUGGUGAUCACGAGAUCACGGCACGCAGCUACUACGAGCUUGGUACAAUGCAACGUGAAAUGGGAGACCUCAAAGGGGCUUUGGGUUCUCUAGAAAGAGCAGCAAACGUGAGGUCAAAGCUGCUCGGUGAUCACGAAGACACGGCUCGCAGCUACCACGAGCUUGGUAGAGUGCAGCAUGAAAUAGGGAACCUAAAGGGAGCUCUAUAUUCUUUACAAAUAGCACAAAAAAUGACGUCAAAUUUGCUUGGUGAUCACGAAAAUACGGUACGCACCUACUACGACCUAAGUAGAGUGCGACGUGAAAUGGGAGACCUUAAAGAGUCUUUGGAUUCCUUAGCAAAAGCAGCAAACAUGAGGUCAAAACUGCUCGGUGAUCACGAAGACACGGCACGCAACUACCACGAGCUUGGUGUAAUGCAGCACGAAAUGGGGGACCUGAAAGGAGCUUCGCAAUCGUUAGAAAAAGCAGCAAACAUGAGAUCAAAAAUGCUAGGCGAUCAUCACGAAGAUACGAUAAGUAGCUUGAACGAAUUCCGUACCGUGCGAAUGAAACUGCCGUUCGAGCGUUAUCCUUUGCUUGGCAAAGUGUUUAGGUGGAAAAAUUGA